AAUGGCCCUCUCCUGGGUCCUCAGAGCCAAACUGAGAGAACCGGAAAGUCCAGUUCCCCAGCUUCCCCCUCCCAUCUCCCCACACACACCUGUGCUAAGGAUUGAGUGGCGAGUAGGAAGGCAGGCCAGUUAAGGAGAGGCCAGCAGGCCUUCAGACAUCUCUUCUGUCCAUCUGAGAAGCAAGAAGCGAUAAAGCCGCGAUGGGGGCUGGGCUGUCCCUCUUCAUCCUCCUGACCCUCCUCGCCAGCUCACAGGGAGCAGGGUCAGAAAUGACUUUGCAACUGAAGAUGAAGGACUCUUUUCUGGCAAAUUCCUCCUAUGAUUCCAGCUUCCUGGGACUGCUCGAGAAGCUCUGCUCCCUCCUCCACCUCCCAUCAGGGACCAGUGUCACCCUGCAUCAUGCAGGAUCCCCACACCACGUCACCUGCAAAGUCUGAGAGCAGUCGAAGCCUGUGCCCUUCUUGGCUGGGGCAUCCCGUCCCCGGGGUGCAGGUGCAAUGCCUGACCCCGUCUUCCAGCAGGCCCUCACCCUGCUGAGUGGCAGUAAAUAUGCUGAGCUCAAUGA